UGUGCUAAGAAUCUUGAAUUGGCCACUGUUUUGUUACUUUGUAACACCAUUGGCGGCGUCGACAGGUGUACAUCUUUCUUGUAUUGUACAGCCCAGUCAUUACAUUCUAACCUAGGUUAGUAUCAUCAUCAAUUUCACUGCGGCUUGAAGCCACCUUCGUCGUCAUCUCCUCUUUAUGAUUUCAGUAUCAAUAUGCGAGAAACUUAACAUUGAACCUUCUUUUAAUUCACUGUGUUUUUUAUUUAUUUAAUUUCCCUUCGACUGACUGUUUCCUAUCCUUAAUUUCACACAAUAUACCUAUCAUAGUUCAUUGCGUUUCCAACUACAUAUCCUUCAUUCUCAGCCACGAACCUUCACCAUGUCCGACCUAUACCUUUCCACUAUCACAAAUUGGCUUUUCAAGUCCCCCCCGGCAGAAUGGAUGAUCAAAAAUGCUCGAGAGUUGCUCAUAGGCACUCUCAAGCAGGGUCCUAUACCCCUACAUGUCGCGUUCGAGAUGGAUGGAAAUAGGCGCUUCGCCAAAAACCAUAAGAUCGAAACUAUAGAAGGCCAUCACCUCGGCUUUGAAGCUCUUGCGCGUGUUCUCGAGAUCUGCUACAAGUGUGGCGUCAAGGUUGUCACAGUCUACGCCUUUAGUAUCGAGAAUUUCAACCGACCUAGACACGAAGUAGGUGGCCUAAUGGCAAUGGCCAAAGUCAAGCUAGAACAGCUUGUGCAACAUGGGGAGCUUCUCGACCGAUAUGGCGCUGGUAUUCGCGUGUUGGGAGAGCGGGACCUGAUACCAGCCGAUGUGUUACCUUACGUUGACCGAGCUAUCGAGAUGACAAAGCAUAACAAGGAUGCCGUGCUUAACAUAUGCUUCCCCUAUACCUCCAGGGCCGAGAUGACCAGUGCGAUCAAGGCUACGGUGGACGAAUACACAUCUGCACCUCGGCUCUCAACUACACCAUUUUCCCAAACGCGAAUCUCCCAGAAGAUUAGAUCCAACAAGUCAAAGAGGUCGGACUCGUCUUCGCCUAUGGACUCUUCGACAGAUCAGAAUAUGAAAUCUGAUGAUGACUCGAUGUCCUCCACUACAGCGCUUGAUCCCGAGUCGCCUCCUCUGAAGUCUACACCGGUGAAGACGGUUAAGUUCCAAAGCCCGGAGACUAUCACGGCUGAGACUAUCAAUAGUCAUACCUAUACUGCCGAAUGUCCACCGCUGGAUAUCUUUAUUCGAACUAGUGGUGUCACUAGAUUGAGCGAUUUCAUGUUAUGGCAGUGCCACGAAAACACCCAGAUUUUCUUUUUGAAGUGUCUUUGGCCUGAGUUUGACCUAUGGCAUUUCAUCCCCAUCCUUUUAGAAUGGCAGUGGAGGCAGAAGAAGCUGAACGAGAAGGAGGGUUCCCGAAAAUGAAUAGAUAGGCAAACUGUAUGGCAUACCCUGGAUUGGCGUUACGGCGAGGCGUACCUGUUGAAAACUUACAUGCGAGUAAUAGCAUGAUAGCAUAAUGCUUGUUUACCAACCUUCCUACCCAUUCAAUACUCAAGUUGAGUCAGGUCAGGUGUAGUAGAUAAUGAAGUGAGUUACUAAACAAUAUAGACUGUGAU